CGCUAGGCGCGUCCCGAGGGUCACGUGGUGCGCAGCACGCAGAGUCCUUCUGUCGGUUGGUCCUGAAGCGGCGCAGCCGGAGCGGGGCUGUGAGGAGAAUAAAGGCAGCCCCGUUGAUGACUGAAAAUGACAAAGCAUCCACCUAACAGACGAGGAAUCAGCUUUGAAGUGGGAGCCCAGUUGGAAGCCCGGGACCGAUUAAAAAACUGGUAUCCAGCUCACAUAGAAGAUAUUGACUACGAAGAAGGAAAAGUACUCAUCCAUUUCAAGCGUUGGAACCAUCGUUAUGAUGAGUGGUUUUGCUGGGACAGUCCUUAUCUACGCCCUUUAGAGAAAAUACAGCUGAGGAAAGAAGGCUUACAUGAGGAGGAAGGAUCUUCUGAAUUUCAAAUAAAUGAGCAGGUCCUUGCUUGCUGGUCUGAUUGUCGUUUUUAUCCAGCCAAAGUCACUGCUGUUAACAAGGAUGGUACUUACACUGUGAAAUUUUAUGAUGGAGUAGUUCAGACCGUCAAACAUAUUCAUGUUAAAGCUUUUUCCAAAGAUCAGAAUAUUGUGGGUAACACUAGGCCUAAAGAAACAGAUCACAAAAGUCUUUCAUCAUCUCCUGAUAAACGAGAGAAGUUUAAAGAGCAGAGAAAAGUCACAGUCAACCUGAAGAAAGACAAAGAGGACAAAGCCUUAAAGACAGAAAAGCGACCCAAGCAACCUGAUAAAGAAGGGAAAUUAAUCUGUUCUGAAAGGGGGAAAGUGUCAGAAAAAAGCCUUCCUAAGAACGAGAAGGAAGAUAAGGAGAACAUUUCAGAAAAUGACAGAGAGUACUCUGGAGAUGCUCAAGUGGAUAAGAAACCUGAAAAUGACAUUGUGAAGAGUCCGCAAGAAAACUUGAGGGAGCCAAAAAGAAAACGAGGCAGACCCCCUUCCAUAGCUCCUACUGCAGUGGAUUCAAACUCUCAAACAUUGCAACCAAUAACACUGGAAUUGAGAAGACGGAAAAUAUCAAAAGGAAGUGAAAUCCCAUUAAAACGCCCUCGGCUUGACAAAAAUUCAUCCCAGGAAAAGUCAAAAAACUACCCAGAAAACACUGACAAAGACUUAUCAAGGAGACGGUCCUCCAGGCUGUCCACAAAUGGGACCCAUGAGAUCUUAGAUCCUGACUUGGUUGUAUCAGAUAUGGUUGAUACAGUUAAUACUGAUUCUUUGCAAAACACAUCAUCCAGUACCAAGGAAUCUGAAGAAGGUCAGUUGAAAUCUCCUUUGGAAGCUGGCCAGAUAUCAUCUGCACUAACUCGCCAUUCCCUGGGGGAUGGAUUGGGGGCUCCAGGUUUGGAGUUGAACUGCAAGUCAAUGGGAGAAAACACUAUGAAAACGGAAGCGACUUCUCCCCUUGCUGAGUUACAAGAGAUAUCUACUGUGGCAGUAACAAAUGCUUUUAAGAAAACAGAUGAUUUGGUGACAUCUAAAGCACCAGCUGUCGACUUUGACCACAAAUUUAGGUGCAAGGUUGUAGAUUGUUUAAAAUUUUUCCGCAAAGCCAAACUGUUGCACUAUCACAUGAAGUAUUUCCAUGGAAUGGAGAAGUCUCCGGAGCCAGAGGAGAGCCCAGGAAAGAGGCAUGUCCAAACACGGGGCUCUUCAGCUUCAGACAAGGCCACCCAGGAGAACCUGACCAGGAAGCGAGUGUCUGCCAGCUCCCCAACUGCAAAAGACAAGGAAAAGAAUAAAGAGAAGAAAUUCAAAGAGUUUGUGAGAGUGAAGCCAAAGAAGAAAAAGAAAAAGAAAAAGAAAACCAAACCUGAAUGCCCCUGCAGUGAGGAGAUCAGUGAUACCUCCCAGGAGCCUUCUCCACCCACCAAGGCAUUUGCUGUCACCAGGUGUGGGUCCUCACACAAGCCUGGGGUCCAUAUGAGCCCGCAGCUCCAUGGCUCAGAAUCUGGAAACCACAAAGGGAAAAUGAAAGCAUCCGAGGAGGACAAUCUGAGUGAAUCCUCUUCCGAGAGCUUCCUUUGGAGUGAUGAAGAGUAUGGCCAAGAUGUUGAUGUGACCACCAACCCGGAUGAGGAACUCGAUGGGGAUGACCGCUACGAUUUUGAAGUGGUCCGCUGCAUCUGUGAGAUUCAGGAGGAAAAUGACUUUAUGAUUCAGUGUGAAGAGUGCCAGUGCUGGCAGCAUGGGGUCUGCAUGGGAUUACUGGAAGAAAAUGUGCCUGAGAAAUACACCUGUUAUGUUUGCCAAGACCCUCCAGGUCAGAGGCCUGGCUUAAAGUACUGGUAUGACAAAGAGUGGUUGACUAGGGGGCAUAUGCAUGGCCUGGCAUUUUUAGAAGAGAACUACUCCCACCAGAAUGCCAAGAAGAUUGUGGCCACUCACCAGCUUCUUGGGGAUGUGCAGAGAGUGAUCGAGGUUCUGCACGGCCUGCAGCUCAAGAUGAGCAUCUUGCAAAGCAGGGAGCAUCCUGAUCUGCAGCUGUGGUGUCAGCCUUGGAAACAGCACUCAGGGGACGGGAGAUCUCAUUCCAGACACAUCCAAGUUGCUGAAGCCAAGAGCAAGGAGGAAGCCCCAAGCUAUAGAACUUUGAAUGGGGGUGUGGAGAAACCCCUGCCCCUGCCCCAGUCUGUGGAGGAGUCAUAUAUCACCAGCGAGCACUGCUAUCAGAAGCCCCGCGCCUAUUACCCUGCUGUGGAGCAGAAGCUGGUGGUGGAGACCCGGGGCUCUGCCCUCGACGAUGCAGUCAACCCCCUCCAUGAAAAUGGUGACGAUUCCCUCUCCCCACGCCUGGGCUGGCCUCUAGACCAAGACAGGAGCAGGGGGGACAGUGACCCCAAACCCAACUCCCCAAAGGUGAGGGAAUAUGUCUCCAAAAAGGUCCUACCGGACGAAGCCCCUGCGCGGAAGCUGCUGGACAGAGGCGGGGAGGGGCUGCUGAGCUCCCAGCACCAGUGGCAGUUCAACCUGCUGACCCAUGUGGAAUCUCUUCAGGAUGAAGUCACGCAUAGGAUGGACUCCAUUGAGAAGGAGCUGGAUGUGUUGGAGAGCUGGCUGGACUACACUGGGGAACUGGAGCCCCCGCAGCCGCUGGCCAGGCUUCCUCAGCUCAAGCAUUGCAUUAAGCAGCUGCUGACGGACCUGGGCAAGGUACAGCAGAUUGCGCUCUGCUGCUCAACAUGAAUCUGGGCACCAAAACUAAAGGGGGCACAAUCCCGGGGUGCCUGCAAGGAGGAACUUUGCAUUUUUAAAUAAAUAAACCUAGCAUGCCGAAUGCACGUGACACCGACUGACUUCAGGGAUCUGGGCAGAGGGGGUGUGAUGGACAUUGGACAAAGAGGCCAUUUUGGCUGCCGGAGGGCAGGGCACUCUGAUCUCAGAGCCUACCAAGAAGGUAGCAAAUAAGACUCUUGGGAUUCCCUUCUUCUGUGCACAUUGUUGGAUGGAGAGUGAGUCUUUUUGCACAAACUUCACUUGAAAUCGUGCCACUGAUGAUAAAUGGAAUGAGAGCCAAAAAAGUUUCGUCGGAAACAGUUGUAAAUUCAACUUGCAGCUUAUUUAAUUGACUUUUCUGUCAGGUUGGGGUACAUGCCAAGCCUUCUGGUUUCUGCCUGGCAUGGAUUUAGGCAGCAGGCAUCAUUUUCAUUUUUCCAGCUUCAUGGGAAUGUCGUGACUUCAUCAUUCUGUGGAGAUUGGGAAGGAGCAGAGGCCUGGGCUGCUCUGCCUCUCUGUAGGACUCUUCACUUUUCUCACCACACCCUUGCAUGACUUCAUGGUACCGGGGACAAGUUUUGUAUGCUUUCACGCCAGAGUUGGGUGGGUUAUGUCUUUUAUAGCAGAGCCCAUUCAACCUGUGGAGGAACUAGAAUGUCACUGUACUAUGAAUCUAGGAAGAAUUCCAAACUGAAGCAGGCAGGGUCUGGAACCCAAAGGACAGCAUUUCUACCCACUUCUUAAUAUUGACAGCUUCCCUGUUUUAUUUGAUGUCCAAAAAGUGUUUCCCAAAAUUUUGAACUUUUUCACUCAAAAGAUUUGUUACAAAGAAUGUGGUUUGGGGAAUUACCUUAUUUUAUAUUGUUGUAAACAAACUUCAGAUUUUAAGUGUCGCUUUCCUCCUUUCCUGAAGGGUGUAUGUUCAGUAGUGGCAUUUUCAGAUUUGUUUUAAUAUACUUUAACACUUUAAAUUUCCUGUUUGUAUUAUUUUGUGAGAUCAAGGUGAUGCUGCUGCUUAAGGUCUAGGUACAAUCUGUACCUUUUGAGACAAUAUCUGUUACUCUUACAGGUUACGGUUCCACGUGUAAUUACUAUAUUGUUGUUUUUCCUUACUAGGCAAAGUUAAAGAAAAUGUUUCAUGUUUUGAGGAGUGACCCGUUUCACAGUUUAGUUUUCUUAUCACUAAAGGCAAAAAGCAAAGCACAGUUGUCCAUUAACACUCACAAGUUAAUUAUGGGUUUAUGAAUCUGUAAUGUUAUAUGCUGCAUAUAUUUACUAUGUAAACGUGAAGUAGCCAAUAUCUCAAUAGCAACGACAGUUAUCUCCUGUGAUCUGUGGAAUGGUUAGGCUUUAAGGCACAGGUCAUUGUCAUGAAGGCCUCUGUACCAAGAUCUGUUUCAGGGAAUGCUGUCCAGUGACUUUUUUCACCAUGUGACAUAAAAUGAAUUUAGGACAAGUUGACCUGCUGUAGCUUACCCAUCAGAAGGAAUACAUGUAGGAGCUAUGACAUUUGUAAUAAAAGCUGACACAAUUCCUCUCUACAAGAGGCUGUUUCCCAUUGCUAACGUUGGCGUUUCUGGUAUGGGAAGAAACGCUCAAGGAGUGUGCAUAGCAUCUGUUUUGCAUAAUUUAUCAGACAGCCACAUUAUGAGAACUGUGUGAUGCUUGUCUGAAAAGGGAAGAGACAGGAUGGUUUUCUGUAGCCACAACUGUGAGGUAUGACAACUUGUAUUAUUAGAUUACUGACUCCCCCCCCCCCCCCCCCCCGCCCCGAAAAUAAGUUUGAGCGUCACAUCCUGGGAAGCUGUAGUUUAAGGUAGCCAAUCUCAUGUCUUUUUCAAAGAUGGAAUCAGAAACUGAACUACCAUAGUUUUGUCCGUUAAUUGAAGAAAUAAUUCCAUUUCAUUCAUUGUGACUUUUGUCCUUAGGGAAGCAGGGAUGACUCCAAGUUCUGAUAACCUCAGUGUGCUUCCCUAAUUUAAAGCCAUGUUGAGGGGCUCCAUCCUCAUUCCUGGGCCAAGUUGAAUAAACCCCAAUUUGGAGCACUGGAAACUGUUAUUUGCAAAUAUUACUGUUACUAUUUAGAAAUCUGUACACUACCUAAGUUUUGAGUAAAACUAUCCACCUUUAAAAAAUUGCCUUGACAAAAACAGUUCUGGUUUGACUAAUCAUUUUGUUUCUUUUAAGUGAUAGAGUAUAUGUAAGGUGGACCCUUGAUGAGCCAACAUUGCACUGUGGAUACAUAUCUAUGUUUACGCGCUAUUAGAACAGAAGGCGCUGUAUAUAGAAAUGUUGCUUUGAAGCAAUAUUUGCAAAACAUGCAAACUUCUGUAUCUGUAUUUGGAAAAA